ACAAUGGCGAGCGCGCUUGCACUUCGGUCUGGAUCUCAAAGGGCCUCUGAGCGGCGACCCAACCAAACGACCCGAAGAAAGCGCAAUCUUUCCUCCUUUUGAUUAUGGCAGAAUAGAACUAAGUACUUUAUAAUAUUGUUGUAGAAGUUCUGAUGAUGUAAGAACCUCCUAGUAAUACUUACUUAGACGCCACUCCGUUUGAUGAUCGUGUUAAUCCUAAUGAUACAGUACAUCACGUACGUCUACGUUUUCAAUUGUUCUCUCCUCUAACCUGCAACCCGAAGUGUCGUUUUUGUCGAGGCAGCGUCGAAGGAGGGCUCGGGCUCGAGCGUACCAGACGAAGUCCGCUAUCACAAUCCCGUUUUGAUCAGCCAUCCUUGCUUUGGGUUGCAAAACGCCAACCUCUUUCAAGCUCGCCUCAGUCGCAAGCGCUUUCAGGAGGCUCAGGCAGCUGGAUCGAUUCCUACGCCAGAUUCAGCGGAGCGCCUAAAGGAGUACUGGACAGAGGAUGCUGCAGCGGCAGUUAAGGCUCAAUAUCAAACAGAAGCAAACUUUUCGAUUAUUAAGUAUGAGUACUUUUUUUUUGUUUGAUGCUUCUCCUUAAACAUAGAGAUAGAGGACUAGGAAUUUUUCAAAAGGUAAAUUUGAAAUAUUUAGAUUUAUGGUUAUGAUCAUUACUAGGGGAUGAAUGUUGUAUUAAUAAAUUGUGAGGUCUUAGUUUUUACCUCUAUAUUCAGGUCACGUAUUCAUCCUCGGAGUCAAGCCAGGUGCCGGGAGGCUUCGAUGUGCAGGAUUCACAACCUAACCUAACCUCUAUAGGCUUAUCCCUUCAAACAAUGUUUUAAUAAAUUGUGAGUUCAUCAUCUAAAGCACCUUCUCCUUGGCUCGGCGACGCAGCGCUGGUUUUGCCGGGAGGUAAGAGCUUGGCUCCGGGAACGACUGGAGAGGAGAACAAGGACGCGGAUGCGUUCAAGGGUGUCGAUGGAACGAGCGUCGACGAAUUUGAAUUGAGUCGAGGCGUCGCGCCCCUGGGUGAAGCUGGUUGUACGGUUGCGCAAUUCGAGGAGUCCUUGUUGGCUUCCUGGAAUCUGCGCGCGCCUGCUUCGUUCCGCGUGGCCGCCGGUGCUAAGGGCUUUGAGUCUCUCUUUGGCCACCUACGUCCAGGAGACUUCGUGAAGCAGGUGGAGGCUGUGCAUGCUUUGCCUAUGCUUCUUUUAAGGGUAGGUUAAAGGUGCUUUUCUUGCCGCUUUUUAUGCGAAUCUCCUAAGGGAGAAAGAAAAAAAGCGGGGUAAGCGAGCACCAAAAACCUACCUCUAAUUCUUCCGAGUGCGGGUGGUCUUGUCGUGACCGGAGAAAAGGGUGUCACCGAUGCGGAGCGGGAGGAACCGAUGCAGCGAUAUGAGCACAAAAUCGAAGAGGACCAGGCUCAAUGCGCCAAAGCCACCUACGCUCGUCUAUUUUCCACUAGGUUGGAGCAGACGGCAGUCACGGCAGCUCAUCCCGAUAUUCUGCCGGCUGCCAAGGACACACAACAACUGCUUCGACGUUGUAAGAAGACCGACUCGCUUGCAACCUGUACGGGAGGCGUGUCCUCGGACAAGGACAAGCCAUCUGGAGGAUGGUUUUCCUCUCCGUCUGCUGCGAAAGGACACGUGGACUUCCAUGAUGCACUUGCAAACCAGGUAUCGCCGACGCUGUUCGUAACGGUACGCACGCACUAUGCACCGCGUGAAGUUUCGCGCUGGGAAAAAAUGAUGGGCCCGGUGCUGAUUCGCAAGGACGAACACGGAGUACAACACUCACUUCCGACGGACGUCGUGCUAGGUUAAGGCUGCCGCGAAUGUAAUCCACCAUCUUCAGAAGAUUAUUGAUAGUACAUCUUGGAAGAGCUCCUGUCGUCUCUUAUAUAUAGAAAGAACCGACGGCACGAAGAUGCCUGAUCUGAUCUGAGGAUGGAUACAAUCAAGGGUCGUGAGCUCUAAGUAGACCUGCGUGCGAGGAAAAUCCAUACGCUCAUCUUCUACUUCGGGUUCCAGAAGUGCCCGUGUUGCCGCAAAUUGGGUCCAAAGGUUGUUGAAUGGUACAACAACAAGGAGAAGAACCUACCUGGUACGGAAAUCAUCUUCGUCAGCUUCGACAAAACGCAAGCACUAAGCGAGGAAUAUUACGGUCAUAUUCCCUGGCCUCGGUUGCCGUUUCACGAAAGCUGGAGCAAACGGGGCAAAACCAUGCGUGCGGAAGGAGGCACUUGCCCGAAGUGUCCAAAAGUACAACUCUAAAGGUUGUGACCAACGUAGUUUUUGGAAUUUGAAAGUCUAGAAACAGGAGGACUUAUAACGAAUGCCAAUCAAUGUGCAUUUAUCUUUGAAAUGAUAGAUUGGAGAAAUAUCUAGAUUGGUGGAGAAACAUCUAGUAAUGUGUGUGUGACUUCACCUCCUCCGAAAUAACUCCAAAACACACAGGUGACUCUUAGAUCAUGAGGAACAACUUUUAUUGAUAAAUAUCAAAUCAAACAGGUGACUCGGUAUCCUACGUUGCUCGUUGUCGACGCACGAACUGCGGAGUUCAAAGCCAAGUUUGUCGGUGAUGGCACAACACUGGUAAAUCUGCAAGACCAGCUCCCCGAUGGCGCACUGGAAGACGGAAAUAUCGUCGAAGAGGGCCUUGAGUAUCAAGAGAUGGGGGAGGAAGACUUCGUAGAAGAAAUGGCCCUCAAGAUACACGGCAAGAAAAGUUCGGCUUCUGUUAAGGCUUUGACGUUCUUCACAACUAGGUAGCAUCGAUUGUACUAGUCCGUGGUAAUAAUUUCGACAUUUUUUAAGUAGUGGAAUGAAAUUUGAGUAGCAUCUUCAUGUUUGUAUCAUCGGAGGUUUGUCGAAGAUACGGAUCCAUCAAGAAAUAAAUGUUGGUUCAUCACGCUCUCCUAUCUAGCAAGAUGAACAGUGUCCUGGAACGAGAAGAAUCUGUUCUAACUCGAGGGCAGGAAAGGAGACACCUAAAAACGAGGAGGCGGUUGAGGCGAAGGUGGCUGAAAAGAAGGACGUUGUGCGAGUGAAACUGCUGACCCUGGCUUCGCCGUCAUCUGGAGUGCGAACAGACUCAUCUUCGGGAGCAACUGACGUGGUUCCUUGGGGAGCAUUGCUGCCUCGCAACGAGUUUCGCGUCACCACAGAGCAUUCCGCUUGGUUACCGCGAACGAGUUUUUUCUUGGACAAUGCAGGAGGAACUUCUUCUGUAUCUCCAUUACAACGCGUGAUCAACUGGUCGUCGCAGUCGCUUUUUGGGACGUCGCGACUAGACGAGAUUGAAUGCCUACUGCACUUCCAAGAUGGAACUGUCAACUUCUGCACCACGACUGCGAAAGCCAGUGGUUCUGGAUGGGUCUCGCACUUGUUUGGUGGUGGCGGAAGUGCGGUCGACUUUGCAAAUGUGGUUCGGGUUUCGCUCCGCGCGUUCUCGCUAGUAUCUUCUACAAAGAGUGGUGGUCAUGGAGGUCAUCCGGCAAAGUACGCCAAUUUCCGGCUGCACCCUUUCGCAGAGGGCACGUCCAAAGGGAUUGGAAGCGGGCUCAUCGGUCGAAGGUCCCUCGCCGCAAGGCAGGCGACGCGCACGGUGGAGCAGACCGCACGGCUUUGCCGGGCAGCGUUUGGGCUAUUGCCGGAGCAUAAGGAAGCGGUCCCUGGCGACGCUAAGGCGAGCAAGAUGAUGUACUCUCCCUCGACUGACCUGGUUGCUACCGCGGGGGACGCGUCUCUGCUGGACGCGACGGCCAGUCUUCCAGCUGUGCAGAUCGUGGUUGCCGCGCAGGGAAAGCUGCUGUCAGCAGUGGAGACGCGGCACAGCUGCGCAAAGCCGAAAGAUCGCCUUGACGACUGCGGACAUGAGGUCUUUCAGGCGAUUGAAGGAGGACCCGGAAUUAGCAGCGCUUCUUCCGACCACGAACGACUUAUGUCGUAUCGAACUGCCGUAUCCAGUGACCUCGUUUGCGAUAUGAAGUACGACGACCGGAGCGCCUUUGGCAUUGACGAUCUACUCCACUUGCAGGGCUUGCCUGUGGAAAUCCUCGCUCCUCUCGAGAAACAACAAGAUCGACAAGGUACUAUCGUCGGCACGGAGAAGACUACGAAAAAUGUCGAGGUUAAGGCUAUAUUUUUAAUUUGUAGAACAUCCUUGUUAGCAUGUGGAGUCUGAUCGGUAAUGAUCCAGGUACAGCGGUUCCGCAGUAUCUCGGAUCACAUGCUAAGAACAUCCACCUUAUAGCAUGAUCGCCCUUGGCUCUUUUUCUACUUGUGAAAAAGAAGCCAAGCAGGAAGAUGGUCUCAGGGAUGGGGCUAGCUCUAACGAGGGGAGAGUGCUGCGACAGGUUUCGUUCCCGGCACUGCGGAUCUCACGCGCACUAGUGGAGGGCUCGUAUUUCGACCUCCAAGCUCACUGGCUUGCCCACGUGCAGGGUUUAUGGGGAGCGUUGCCGGUUGCUGGGGAUGCAGGUCCUAUUAAACCUCGCGUCGACAUGGCUUCCCUUCAGUCUUUGCAGCAGCAGCUACGACAGGCGGGAACGACGAGCACUGAUUAAGGCUUAUACAUAGCAAUUUACAGGUUAAAAAUGACAGCUUAAGCAUAGACUAAAUAAAACAACCGGUUAGUUUUUACCUCUAGCGUUUAGCCCUUCCAACGAACUAUAUUAGUUUUCUAUAGCUUUUAAAUAGUUUCUCUAUGAAGAAGCUUUCUUCAGUAUGAUCCUAGCGUGAAAGUGAACUUCGUUCUUAAAAAGAUUGAUGUGAGGACAGCGGAACCUCAAGCUCCAAUUUGAUGCAGGCGCAGACGGGUGGCAAGACACGGUGAAAAAGGUAAUCGCCUUGCAGAAGGAGGGUAAGACAGGUAACAAAGGAGCACAUCAUCAUGAUCAGAAGAUCGUUCUUCCCAUUGUUGUCCGGGUCUACGAGUCCCACGCUGCCCAUGGCGGCCAAAGCGGCAUCCUAGACCAAGGUGGCAUCCACGUGGCCAUACAACGUCGCCACUUGCAGCUUGAGGGCAGUUUGCGGACAUCAAGUGAAGACUCGGCUGCAGUUGCGAAAGCGGACGCCCUAUUCAGGUUGCGAUCCUGGUCGUUGCCGAGUUUCUCGCAGGGAGGAGGAGGACCGCACGGUUUGCUAGAUUUUCCGCUCGCCCACGGCAAGCUCGAGGUUGGUGCACAGCUUCAUCUUAGCACGACUCAGAUCGGCUACCUUUCGAGCGGACGCUUUGCUGUGCACUUGCUGGCGAAGAAGCAGGAGGAUCGCGUUGCAUCUUCUAGCAUCUCUCAGUCUCAGCUCUCCUCAUCCUCGUUGCUCAGCUCUGACGCAGUGUACACGUGCUGGCCUGGACGAGUGCAGAUUCCGCUGUUGCAAUACCGAUCAGUCGAGGCUGGAGAUCUAGACGAGUGCUUGGCUGUCCUGGACGCAGAGAAUGCUCGUGGCGAUGGUGAAGCUGGAACAAGCAUGCAAAUUGUGUACCACGCGACGUCUGACAUCUAUCACGGAAAAGUGGAUGAGGAUGAUGCGAAGUCUACUACGAACACAGCUUUUGGUACAACCACUACCUCCACAGUGUCCAACUCGCAGAUGAAGGUCUUGAGCCCAUCGGAUUUCAUCGCAGGCAAGCAGAGUACUUCAUCUAGUUCUAAAAGCGAAACUGGACGAACUACAACAGCACAGCAGUUUUUUCCGAUGGUCACACUGCAACAUCAUGGCCGCUUAGUGCCAGCGUACCUGGAUAUCCAGGUAACCACAGCAGCUGGAUCUACUGCAGGCGCAACUACGUGGACGGUCCCAUCGCAUUUGCUACUCCAGAUGUGGUCUCUUGAGGAUUUCCGGCUGCAGGUGAUGAUGCGGCACGUGCUGCCAAUGUUAAGGGUUGAAACAUUUCAUAUUUGUACGCUGUAUUUGACACCUGUCAAGACGAAAUAUGUCAAAUAUGUAAGACAAAUAUGAAUUGUUUCAACCUUUAACAAUGCGUUCUGCUGCUCAUCAAGGAGGUUCGAGUCGGGUUCCCGCAACGGACUCCCUACUGAACGCCGGCCAGGACGUGCUGGAGAAAGGUCUGCAAAUUGGGCUACGGCAGAAGAACGGAGGAGGCGACUUCGUUGGUGGCAGCUUGUUGUCGGAUGCUUCAUGGUAUGAAACGGUGCGUGCUGUGGCAGAUCGCACUACUCUGCAAUUACUGGCAGCAGGUGCGCUCGCUCCGGACGACGUGACAACUGUGGAGGGCAUGAAAUCAAGUGCGAAAACGACUGCAGAAGCGGGAAAAUACGCGUCGCUGGAAUUAGCGGUUAUCGCUGACGUGAACGUGUUGUUGCAGCCUUUGCCGUCAGAGCAUCAUGCUGAACGUUCUUCAUCUUCUUCGUCCGCGCAUCACCAGACUGCUGUGCACACGUCGCAUACGAAGCCGGCGCACGCAGCAGUUGUUCGUCCCCAUAAUGCAGGGGAAUCCGAGCCCGAGGAGCUACAGCCUGCACAACCGGCAACGGAAGUUUCUUUAGGACAUCUUUGUUCAGCACUUUCCAACUAGACAUUAGCUAAAAGAUGCGGUCGUGAGAGAGGGGUUGACGGUUGUAACCUUAAAGGUGAAGAAGAAGAGAGAAAAUCGUGCGAAUUUGUUGAAAACUAACCUGAAUAUUUCUAAUCAAUCCGGGAGCAAAUAAGGCUGAGCGUCCAUGUUCGACGACUGAGGUUCUCUGCGCAUCAAUCUUUUUUGGUCUGCUCGCCUAUCUGGUUACCCGCUUAAUUCUGGCUGCGCUGGCGCGACUCCGCGAUCGGAACAAGGCGCGGGAGAACAACCAAACUUACGGGCUAGUUGUACUGCCAUGACUUUGACUUAUAAUCACAGUAUCAUGUUGUAGGACUCAACUGCCUUUGACAGCAAAGGAUUCUCUUUGUAUGUCUUUUUUCAAACGAAGUAGUACUUAUACUUGCGCUUAAUGGGUAACAACAAGACUACGAAGUUACCACAACCGUGGCCAUCCAUCUUCUAAGAAAAGUGGCCAUUGGAGUCUCCUCUUUCUGACAACAAGAAUCGCAACUUAUCUGCGAACUACACUCCCGCGAAGAGUCUAGGGUUUUACGGCUACAGUGAGGACAGGCCGAACGACAGGGAUGACUGGCGAAGUUCGUUCACCGGUUUUGGUGGGUGGUUGACAGAAGGAGAAGAUCCGGAGGACGACGCAAGUGAGAGGGCAAGGCUUUUGUAA